AGCAUCAGUUCAGUUCAGUGGCCACUGCAAACAACAGCAGCAAUGUGGGCAGCACGUUCUACGGCACCGGCAUGCCGAUGCUGCCACGGGACGUGCUCCCGACUAGACACCUGAGCUUCGACUUCGAGGUGAAGCCGCCGGUCCCAGCGGUGGUAAGCAGCCCGUCGACGGGCGGCUACCACCAAUAUCAGGCGGAGGCGGCGGCCCUGCUAGUGGCGUCGUCGGCGCCGGAGAAACCACCAUCAGGGCAGGACAUGGAAGCAAGAACCAAGCAACUCGAGAAGAGGCAGGAGGCUAAGCAGAGGUACAAGGACAAGAAGAAGAACAGGAAGUUUGGCAAGCAGAUCAUGUACGUCUCCCGGAAGGUGCGAGCAGACACACGAAACCGAGUCAAGGGCAGAUUUGCAAAGGCGUGCAGCGGCAGUGGCCACAGCGGCGACGAUCAGUCUACACAGCAUUGCGAUGAGAAUGAGCAGCCUACAGAUUCUUGCCUAUAGGUAUAGGAUUAGAGGUUCUACUGGAUAGAUCAGUUCUUUGAUUUUCUUUUUACACAAGUGAGUAGGUAGAAUAAGUUAGAUGAGUGUUCUUUUUCCCGCGGCACUUUGUUAGUUGUUUUCCAACCUACCCUUUGGGCACUUCUAUUUGAUUUCUAGGAUCGUUACAGCAAUGCCCGGCCCUGUGAUGUAAUAAUAAUUGUGUAAGGAACAUGCCACCAUUUGUGCCAUUUCAAGUGAUUUUGGUGAUCGAAUGACAACACAACACUUGGACUAA